AUGGACAGCCCAGCUGAUCUCGAUGCUUUCUUCGCUUUUCAGAAUAGCCAGUUCGCCUCAGACCACGCCCUAGACGAUGGCAGCUUCGCCGGCCUCUCCGAAGCCCUGGCGACCUCGAACGCAGCACCAAAUCAGUACAAUGAGACCUGGAUGAUGGAUCCGUCACUUCUGGAUCUUUCGAAUAACUCGACCGCCUCGUCGUCUCCCUUCACGCCAAGCGCAUCAAUAUCCAGACCUAAGCUUGGCAGUCGCUUCUCCAGAGAAGUCAUCCGUACACUCAAAGACUGGCUCACUGUCCAUCAAAAGCAUCCUUAUCCUAGUGAAGGCGAGAUGAUGGCUCUUCAAGACCGUACGGGUCUGAACAAAGCGCAGCUCACGAACUGGUUUGCGAAUGCACGUCGACGCGGCAAAGUGCAAAGUGUCCGUCCGACUUCGCCGCAAGUUAAGAACUCGCCUUCUUCUCCGGUUGACAUCAUUCCAAGGCCCGGAACGCCUGCUGUUAGGAUUGCGUCGAAUCAUAAAGACCCUAUGCAGCGUUGGGUGGAAUCGCCGCCGGAGCAUGAACCUGCUGCUGUUGGCGAUAUUGCGCGUGCGAUGGCUUCUACCUCGCAUGAAGAUGCUGGGGACUUCGCGUAUCAUCAACCAUGGGAAUCGCCUUAUGCCAUGUCCUCGGCAAGCAGUGCAAGAACCUCUCAAUCGAGUGAAUUCUCGGGUCAUUGCUCGUCCGGCUCGCAGACAUCACUCAAAGUACGCCGCGCACCGCGCAAGAAGCGCGCCACUCGACGCCGGCGUCUCGACACGGAGAGAACCGCACCCAUCGGUAUGCCGUAUCAAUGCACGUUCUGCACGGAGGUCUUCAAGACUAAGUACGAUUGGCAGCGUCAUGAGAAGUCACUUCAUCUACCGCUGGAGAGAUGGAUCUGCGCACUCCAAGGCUCACGCACUACCAAGGAGUCGAUCGGAGAGCAAUGUUGUGUCUUCUGCGGCGAGGUGCGACCAGAUGAUAAGCAUAUUGAAGCGCACCACUACUCUGCAUGCCAGGAGAGGAGCUUACAGGAACGCACCUUCCAUCGGAAAGAUCAUCUCGUUCAGCAUCUGCGCUUAGUGCACGGCGUCGAAUUUUCCGAGUGGUCGAUGGCGCGCUGGAUGCUGCCUAUACCUGAUGUCAGGUCAAGAUGCGGGUUUUGCGGUACUACCAUGAGUACGUGGCUGGAGAGGACCGAUCAUCUUGCCGAUCACUUCAAGUCUGGUGUUACGAUGGCCAGUUGGCAAGGUGAUUGGGGGUUUGAUGCAUCUGUCAUACCUUUAGUCGAGACUGCUAUUCCUCCCGAUCUCAUCGAUUGGGAGCGCGGCACUCUCAUCCCCAUGAAAGGUAGCGACCCAUCAUGGGGUACUCCACCAAACGCAUACGAACUGCUCAAAGUCGAGAUUGAGUUCUUCAUCCAGCGAUAUUUCGACAAACAUGGGUACUUGCCGGAUAACGACGCGAUGCAACUAGAAGCCUGUCGCAUCAUUUUCGCAGCUGAAACCACUUCCGUCAUGCAUGGACCAGACACAAACCAUCUCCACGAGGUUUCAUGGCUACGAGACCUGAUGAUGUCAUCACAUGAGCUGACUGAACACGCGAGAUUCCAGCCCGUUCGAUCUUCCCGCGAGAGCAGACAUUUCCCGCUACGGAUCAAUGCCAAGGAUCAUCUCUUCGAACAAUGCCCGCUGGAGGCGCAGCUUCGUGCUUUCGUAACUCAGCGCAUAAAUACAUGCGAGGCGCUCGACGAUGUGCAACUGCAUCAUGAAGCAUGUCAAAUUGUUCGGCGCAUGGAGCAAGAGUCCAGUACGCCAUCCGACGUCUUCGCCAAUUGGAUAGUCAAAGGGAUCUACUCGGGCACAGAUUGGAUAUCGCUCUUUAAGCAACGCGCAGGUAUCUCUGAUGAUGUAACUACCGACAUUCCGGCAGAUCAUGGCUUGGGCGAAUUACUAGACCUCUCGUGGCCAGCCUCGCCUCCUAAAGAAGCAUCCACUUCCGCUCUUGGGACCGCAAGUCCAUCCAAGCAAACCCACGACUACUUCACUACGCUUCCCACAUUCUCGGAAGAACCCAUACUCUCGCCUGAAUCUACCGCGCAGACGGACAUGUACGGUCGGUUGCGAUCGCUGCUACCCGACGACACCAACUUCUACCGGAUCUUCGACAGCGACAUGCGGAGAUGGGCGGCAUCGACGCUCUCACCGAAGAAUCCAAACUGCCACGUCCCUUCCGAUGAGGAGAUUCAGCACCAGGCGCGAUGGAUUAUGUAUGAUGGUGACGACCCGUGGAACCAGACACCUGCGGACUUUCCGAACUGGCUGUCACGGUUCAAGAGGGAGAUUGGGAUUGUGGCAGAUGACGAGGGAGUGAAUCCGGGUGAUUUGGUGAUGUGA